AUGCAUCGCUUGGAACCCGAGCCCCUUCAAGAACGAAAACAUAUCGGGCUAUCGCAUUUACAGGUAAGCCAGGUGCCUGCAAGCUGCAGCAGGUGUCGGCCUCAGCAGCAGCAGCAGCAGCAGCAGCAGCAAGGGGUGCUGUUGUUGCUGCUACCGGUGGCCUUGGGCGUUGCUGCACUUGAACCGCUGCAACUCGAGGACUCUGCUGCGCUGCGGUGGCACCAGCUCAUCUGCACGAGCGCCAGCCACCACAGCAGAACAACCGGCAGCAGCAUUAGCAGCAGCAGCAGCACCAGCAUCCGCAGCAGCAGCAGCAACCACAGCAGCAGCAGGAGCAGCAUUGCCAGCACCAGCAGCACCAGCAGCACCAGCAGCACCAGCAGCACCAGCAGCAACAGCAGCAGCACCAGCAGCAGCAGCUUCUCCUGCUGCAUUACCAGCAGCAGCAGCUUCUGCUGCUGCAUUAACAGCAGCAGCAGCAGCAGCACCAGCAGCAGUUGCUGCGCCGUGCGCUGCAGAGACGGGGAGUUGGUGGCGACUGUGGAAGGCAGCUGCCGGGAGUUUGCGGACAAGUCGCUGCUGGGGCUGAGGGUUUACACUUACUUCGUUUGUGCUGUAAACCCUCAAGGCCAAGAGGGGCCCCCCUCAGACCCUUGCUGCGCGCGGACAUCCGAGCCCGGCAAACCCUCAGCCCCCACCAACCUCGCCUGCUCCCACAGGGCUGCAGACAGGAUAGAAAUAAGUUGGGAGCCUCCAGCAGACCACGGGGGGGCCCCCGUGCGCUUCUACAGGGUUUACCGAGAUGGGGCCCCCAUUGCAUUUCUGCCAGCUGUGGGGCCCCAGGCCCACAAGUUCACAGACACUUCUGUGCAGGAGGGCCAGAGCUACUCGUACACAGUUUCUGCGUGGCACGACUUGCCUCCCCCGGACUACCAGGAGGCCCCCAGCAGCAGCAGCAGCAGCAGCAGCAGCAGCAGCAGCAGCAGCGGCAGCAGCAGCGGGCUGUUUCGGGUGCAGGCGCCUGCAGCAGUGGAGGGGCUGCAGAGCGAGCCAGUGAGCGCCCGGGCCGAGCAGCUGCUGCAGGGGCCCCGGCUGGACGACGGCAAAGGGCACAUUAUGCUGCAGGGCUUCAACUGGCUCAGCAGCAAAAACCCCCUCGGGUGGUAUAAUGUCCUCUGCAGCAAACUCCAAGACAUCAAAGCCCUCGGAGUUUCCAUCAUUUGGUGCCCCCCGCCCACCGAGUGCGUCGGCUGGGAGGGGUACAUGCCCACCCGCUGGUACUCCUUGAAGAGCCACUACGGAAGCCCGAGCGAGCUGCAGCGGCUGAUCCGCGAAGCAGCAAAGGCAGGCCUGGCCUGCUGCGUGGACUUGGUGGCGAACCACCGGUGCGCCACGCAGCAAGACCAGAGAGGCCACUGGACCAUUUUCGAGGGCCCCGACUGGGGCCCCUGGGCAGUGGUCAAGAACAACCUGCAGGGCUACCACGGCGAAGGCGGCGAAGACACGGGGGUGUCCGUGGACUGCGCCCCCGACAUUGACCACACAAACCCUCAAGUCCAAAAAGACAUGAAGCUCUGGACUGCGUGGCUCUUGCGCGAACAAGCCUUCGUCGAAAACCUCGGGAGGCCCUUCACUGUGGGAGAGUACUGGCACGGAGACACAGCAGCUUUGGUGAAUUAUGUAAGAGCUGCUGGAGGGUCUUUGGCAGCUUUUGACUUUGCCUUUUACUACCAUCUCCAGCGGGCCGUGGAGUCCGGCGAAUUCGGCAUUUUGAACGCCUGCGGCAACCUGAACGGGCUUGUGGGCAUUGAGCCCAAGCUGGCUGUAACUUUCAUCGAAAACCACGACACUGACCACCUUGACUACUGCCGCACUUUCUGCAACGGGGACUUAAAUGGAGUUCUGCAAGGCUAUGCCGUCAUUCUUACGCAUCCCGGAGUGCCUUGUAUCUACUGGAACCACUACUCGGACUACGGCGACUACAGCAGGACUGAGCGCGGCUUGUACGCGGCCUACAUUUCCCCCCGCGACCGCUGGUGCCACCCACACAACGCGCGGGUGGCGAUGAAGAUUGGCUGGGAGAACUGGCAGCCUGGUGGCGAGGGCUGGCGCAUAGCGACUUGUGGGCACAACUUUUGUGUGUGGACUCGCUAG